AUGGUCAUACGUAGUCACUUGUGUGUACUUGAAGUAGUCACUUGUGUGUACAAGAUCUUCCCGGGAGAGGCAAAAUUAUAUUCAUUAUAUAACAUUUAAACGCAAGUGUUUAUAUGGAAAUUUUUCAACUCAUCUCGGCUGGUAGGGUCACCCUGGCAGUAGGGACACCCUGUUUGCAAAACAGGGUUAUUCCUUGUACAGUAGGUCACCAUCGGCAAUGUAAAAAUUUAUUCACUAAUUUAUUUACCCGAUUUCUUGUCUUCUCCAGACAAUUCUUCUGAGUCAGAUCAUCCACGUGAAGAUCCAACCAAUGACCUGGAGCCAAACCAAAGUAGUGAAAAUAAAUCUGGCAGUGAGUGUGCUUUAGAAUAUCUAGUAACUAAAAACAUUCAGAACGUAUUUAGCAAACCAUUUGUUUUUGGACUGGUCAGGGACAUUGCUAUAGGGGGUGUGGGGGGUGUAACACCCCCCCUCCAAUAAUUCAAAUGUUAGUCAAAGUUGGUCAAAAUGGAACUGAUAUUUGCACAAAGUUGGUCAAAAAAUUAUAUUUGAAAAAAAUAUUAUUUGUAAUAAUUAUUUGUAAUGUCCCAAUACCUUAUAUUUUUUGUCUUCUCUAGAUGAUCUUAGUUUAUUGGUUCAUAUGAUAGAAAAUUUAGAGUCAGACCAUCCACACAAAAAUCCAACCAAUGACGACAAUGAGAGAAGUCAAAACAAUGAAGAUAUGUCCAGUAAGUGUGCUUUAGAAAAUCUACAGUAAUAACUAAAAGAAACUGGAGUGCGAGGUAUAUACAGUGUAAAAAUUAUUAUAAAUUUUACUUAACAUGCACUAAGUAGUAUUGUAUAGAAACAUUGCAAAAUUGGCUCAGGGCUGUCAACCCAUAAUAUAAUUCUUACAUUAUAAACAGAAACGCCAGAAACGCAUUCAGAAAAUGCAUUUAUAUAUAUAUAUAUGCAGCAUGAGGGGCCGUGUUGUAUCUGAUAUGCAAACUCGAACCGACGGAGGCAGUUGUAUAUGCCUGAUGCAACAAGACUGUGCAUGCUGUAUAUCAUACUUCUCAGAAACUUAAACAGUGCAGGUGUUUUAAUUAACAAGGAGAAUUUUGUAUCAGAUAUACAAAAUGCCUCAUCAAGCGCUGAUUUAUUUUUGUUUUCCAAACCAGCUUUAUGAAUUAUAAAUUAUUUUACAACUUUUAAAAAAUUUUCUGACGAUGUUUAUUACCAAUUAUGUCUUAAAUUGUUUUUGUUCAUUUUAGUUUGGUUGCAACUUGAAAGAAUUGUUUUCCAACAAAGGCAACAAACCAUUCCUUGUGGCAAUUAUGGGAGACAAAAAGGUCCAUCAAAGUUUCAUUGGGGCAGAGAAGAGAGAAUUGCUGGAAGUUGA